AUGGUUAUAAGUGGUGCAAAUGCGGUGUACAUCGUCGGGACCUUCAAGCACCUCGGAACCGACGCCGAUUUUAAGCGACCUGAUAACGUUCAUUCCUUGCAGCUGUACCUCACAACGAAUGUGACCCAGGCAGACUUCAACAUGGGAUACACGAUGACCGGGACACUGGAACGAGGAAGCCGCUCAACCAACACCUUCCAAGUCACUCACUUCGCUGUCCUGAGACGCUGCGACCACGAGUCACACCAUCUGAAGAGCUCA